GUGGGAUCAUGGCAGGGCUGGGCUCGGAUCCCUGGUGGAAGAAAACCCUUUAUUUGACCGGGGGAGCUUUGCUGGCCGCGGCUGCGUAUCUGCUCCACGAACUCCUGGUCAUUAGCAAUAAAAUGAAGCUCUGCAGAAAUACGAAGGUACAUUUUAUAAACGCCUAAUUGGUUUAUGGGUAACAGUGCUGGAAUAUUAAGUAUUAACCUCAUCUCUACAUAAAAGGUUAGUUCUCCCUUACUCCUCUCUAAAUGUCAACAUUAUUAAGAGGCUGCAGUUGCAGAAGCUUGGAACCUCCAGUCGCUGUUAAAGAUGCUUGGCUAAGUAGCCCUUGUUCAGUUUUGAUGCAGCCUUAACCUGCUUACUUAUCUGCUUAUCUGGUGUGGAACUGUAAGUGCCUUCAGGUUUAAAUGCUAUUGUUGUGUGCACGGUAGGAGAUCCGAGGGCAGCAUUAGAACAUGGGGUACUUGCCAUAACAGGGAGUCUCCCUGGGCUGUAAACAGUUUCAUGGCUGCCUGCCGCAGAAUGUGUACAGGGCUGACUCGAAACUUAACAAUAAACGGAGGCCCCCUGGUGUUGGUCUUACUAGUCCCAUAGGUCUUUAGCGGAGUAGGUGAUACCACAGAAUACCGAGACAGUCUUUGGUUAACUGCUACGUCCGUUUAUGGUUAAAAUUUCCCUGCAUUUGGGUCCCCAGUCACUGGAGAUUAUUGGAGGCAGAAGAGUUUUGAGUAGUUCAGCAUUUCUCUUCUGCCCAGUAUUUUCUGGAGGGGCAAAGAUGUGUUAACACCACUUUCCCUAGAGGUGUGGUGACUAGAAUAUAGUGAGUAGAGGCAUACCGUGCUAGGUUCUAAAGUGGCUGGUGACCUCCAGUGGGCUGAUGGGCGCUCCAGGAGGACGCUGUGAUAGCCCGACAGUGUUCACAUUGUUUGUUGGUUCUGAGAGGGUAAGAAGUCAGCUAGGUCUGAGAAAUUGUGUUGGCUUUCCUAUUAUUUAGCCACAGUGGAAGACUGGGUGAGAGGUUUAAGUUCGCCACAUCUCACUUAGCGCAUUGCCUCAAAUCUACUUGAACCAAAUACAAAAGUUUUAAAGUGAAAUGUCUCCAAUAUUAAUUAAUCCCCAUAUGUGCCGCCUUAGAACUCUGUUUCAAGUCAGGCUCUGUCCAUAUAGAGAACUCGCACACACCUCUGCAGCACUUUAAACAGUAGCUAGUUGUAUCCCGACUUUAUUUCAAUCCAAAGCCUGUGGGGACUGACUCCGCACCAUGCAGCUUCCUGACAUUUUCCCAGUUGUGGAGAGUGAACACUUCAUAUAAUUGAAUCUAAAAUGUGGCCUAGAUGACCUUGCAGAAAUAAUGGGGCUUUGGGAGCUCACUUUGGAAAAGACCACGCCCUGGAAGCUUAGGAUCCUGGACACUUUUAAGUCCUCUGCCCACGUUAGGUCCUUCCUGUUUAUGGUGACCACAAAUCUCAGCUCUGGAUACUUCCUUGGAUCAAGAUGUCUUAAGAUCCCUGUUUAUUUAAUUUUGUUUCUUGAGAAAUGAGUUGAUAAACCUUAUUAUAAUGCAAGCUGAAAGAAGGCUGGCAAAGUUUUCAGAACUUGUUAGGACUCUGUGCGUGUGAUUGCAAGUGUCUUUAACAACUACCACUCAAGAGGAGAAUGAAGUUAAGGAAUCUGCCCAAGACUAUGCAGAAACAGGAGUGAGCCAGUAUGGAGCCUGGCUGCUUGUGAGAAAGGGCUCACUUUGAGGUGUUUUGUUGAGGAAGAGAGGAGAAGAACAGGGGCAUUUCCUAGGAAGACAGGCCUGUGGUCAAGAUGCAACUUUCUGCUAGCUUCCAAGAGCAGAGAGUAAGGGACAGACAGGAGCACUGAAGACAGGCUUCAGAGGGUACAGGACAGGAAAACUGCCACUUGCUCUGUAAUCUAAGCUUCAACUGUCUGUACAGUGUAGGCAGAAAAACAAAUCAACACCUGAAAUGUGGGGGAGGAAAACAUAAUGUAAAAUGUUCGCACUGUCAUUCAUUGGCAGCUCUCAAGCCUUCCCUACCGUGCCUGGAACUUUCUGCUGCCCAGGUUAACCAUAGUCUGUGACUUUGUCUCAUGAGAAAAUGAAGUUGUCAGGCCACUUAAGAAGCCUAAUUAAUGAAUAUAAUCAAUGUAUUUAUUUCUAGGAGGAAGCGUGGGUACUUGUCUGGGAUAUUAUUUCGAGUAUCUGUAUUUUCUCUACUGUUAUAUUUUUAAAUGAUUAUUGUCUUAACCCUUUGUUUUCCUCAAGUGGAAAUGGCCUGGCAUCUAUAAUAAAUUUACUCAGGCAUCUGGAUAUUUGCUUAUAAGCUCAGUGACUAAAUAAUUCUUCAUUCCCUGGAGCUCAUCUACGCUUUGGUACUCCAGCUGAAGAGUCUCUAUCAGAUCUCCACAAGUGACUCAUGCUUGUCACAGAGGCAUGGUCAUCUGUGGUGUCCUUAGAGCAGGGCAGGACCUAGUUAGUCUCUUAUUCGGUGGGCCAGCUGGCCUCUGCAGGUGUUCUCUUUUCAGAUCUCACUCUAAGGUAAUUUUAUGAAACACACUGCACAGGAAGCAACUCAGCUAUCUGACCCUAAACUAGGGGGUGGGUCCUGACAAAUAGGAGGCCUAUGGAGCUGCAGGAUUAUCUGGGUUCAAAUUUGCUUCUGUAUUUAGCCAACCAGACACUGUUGGUGCUAAUAACUUCUUAAUUAGUAUCAUCUAUAGAGUAGAAAUAAUACUAGUGGUCUUCCUUUUCCAGUUGACUUAAUAUGUAAACACAUGUGAACUAUGUAGGACAGUUUGCCAUGUGGGCAUUCUAUAAAGAUUAGCCAUCACUAGUAAGCUGAGCCACACUGGCUGGGUUAAUAGAACUAACCAAGAAAUUGCCAGUUUUCUUUUCUUUGGAAUUUUGGGAUCUGGAGUUAUUUCAAACUUGAUAUAUAAUACCUUUUUUUCAUUUGUACUAGGGAUUGGACCCAGUGUUCCACCUGUGGAAGCCAAGUAACCCAGCACAGAACUAUGUCCUCAUCACCUCACUCCACUUUUGGCAUUUUCUUUCUUUCUUUCUUUCUUUCUUUCUUUCUUUCUUUCUUUCUUUCUUUCUUUCUUUCUUUCUUUCUUCCUCCUUUCCUUUCCUUUCCUUUCCUUUCCUUUCCUUUCCUUUCCUUUCCUUUCCUUUCCUUUCCUUUCCUUUCCUUUCCUCCUUUCCUUUCCUUUCCUUUCCUUUCCUUUCCUUUCCUUUCCUUUCCUUUCCUUUCCUUUCCUUUCCUUUCCUUUCCUUUCUUUUCCUUUCCUUUUUUUGUUUUUGAGACAUGGUCUAGCUGAGUUGCCUAGCUUUGCCUUGAACUUGUAGUUUUCUUGCCUUCUGAAUAGCUGGGGUCUACCGCCAGGCUUGGCCUGACAAACUUGAUCUGAAAUUGGUGUUCCUUGGGCAAGUUACAUUCUGACUUUUAAAUUUCCUGCCUACUAUGAAAUGUUAGUCUGGUGUCCCAAAUUUAAACUUUAAGAGUCCUCAGUUUAGAGUGCUAUUAUCAGAGUUAAGUGGGCUAAUAUGGAUCGAGUCUAUAAAGUCAUUAGCAAGCUGGCUCCUGACCAGCAUCUAUUUUGACUAUGAGAUGCCUAAGUGAACCUUUAGAAUUCAACUCUUCUGGCCAGUAGGGCAGAGGAUUUCAUAUUUAUCGCCUUUUAGUUCUUAAACUUUUGACCUGCUAAUUUACACAAAACACUACUUUGUGUUGUGAAUUAUUUUAUUGCGUAAAGUCAGUUAUGAAUUGUAGAGUUUGUGUUGUCUACCAACAGUCCAAAUAAGUCCUGGAUUUUAAUAUAUGGCCUCCCACACAUUUCCUAUCCAGGAAAGUCUUUGUUUUAUAGUAAAUGUUUUCAUUUUUUGGCUUAUAAUUUCAGAACGAGUCAUUCUGAGUUCUUUAAAUUGACUAGGCCCCUGGCUGGUGAACCUCAAGAGAACUUGUUUUAGGAAGUGGAGAUGCUGAAGCUGGCGAGCACCGUGCAGUGAAGGUGACAAACCAUGCCUGCUUGGCCAGAAGUCGGUACGGAAUUAAGCCGGAACGUGGAGAGGAAAGUGGAAGCUUAGGGAGGACCAAGCCUCGACAGUGGAGUUCAUCUGACAGGGAAAAGCUAGGCAGACUACAAGAUGGAAUUGUAAUAGGUUUCUGUGGAGUUUAUUGAGUCAGAUUUGGUGAACUGGGAAGAGUUUGUAUGUCAACAAAACCAUAUCUUGUUGUGUAAAAAUAAAUUCUUCCACACUUUCAAUGCUUAAUAGCUUACUAAAUGUUUACAGAUACUGUUUUAUUUAAUCCUUGUGAUUAUUAAUAUAGAAAAGGAAAUAGAAUGUUUGGUAUCAGACUCCCCGUAGAAAUGCAUCCUGUCACAGCAGACCCAUCCGGUUAUCACCUCAUUGUAUUGGGAAGGGUCUGUUCCGAUGUGUUGUAUAAGGCAGGCACAUAGGUUUUGUCCAGUUCUGCAAUGUACUGACAACGUGACUGUCUCUGCUCCCAGCAUUCUCUGUAGCUCAGGCAGGCCAUAACUGUGUGAUCCUUCUGUUUCAGCCUUCCAAGAGCUAGCAUUAAGGGCCUGACGUACUAUGCUCACCUUCUAGAACUUGCAACCAUAAAAUAUAUGCAAUAUGUCUACUUCAUAAGGUUGUUUUGAAAGUUAAAUGAGAUAAUACCCAUGACAUCAGAAUGCUGCAGAAUCAGGUAGAACACAUAGUAAACCCAAAACGCCUCCUCUUUGAGGAAACCUGAAGGUAAUCCUCUUGCCCAUAGGCUGCAUGUAAUGGAAGCAAACUGAUUUGUAGUUACUUCCCAGAGCCACUGGAUUAUAGUCAUUUCAGAGUGUGUAAGAACCUCUUGCAUGUCUACUAGGCUUAUGUUCUCUAAACAGGGGAUGAGGUAAGACCUGCACACACACUUCUGCUUGUUCACAGAGGACUCCAACCCUACAGGGUCCCCUUGAGGCCCUAAGACAACAACACAAAGCUAACGUGCAGGGUGUUCUUUAUUUCUGUUUUGGUUUUGACAGGAAACAGCAAGAGCUUGACUCCAAGGAUGCUAUUAUUUUACAUCAGUUCGCAAGACCUAAUAAUGGGGUCCCCAGCUUAUCUCCUUUCUGUCUGAAAAUGGAAACCUACUUAAGAAUGGCUGACCUACCCUAUCAGAACUAUUUUGGUGGAAAGCUCUCUGCUCAAGGGAAAAUGCCUUGGAUUGAAUAUAACAAUGAAAAAGUGUCUGGCACAGAAUUCAUAAUCGACUUUCUGGAAGAGAAACUUGGCGUGAACUUAAACAAAAACCUUGGCCCUCAUGAAAGAGCCGUCUCAAGAGCCGUCACCAAGAUGGUGGAAGAGCACUUCUAUUGGACGUUAGCUUAUUGCCAGUGGGUGGACAAUCUCAAUGAGACCCGGAAGAUGCUGUCUCUUAGUGGUGGUGGUCCCUUCAGUAACCUGCUCAGGUGGGUCGUGUGCCACAUAACAAAAGGAAUUGUGAAACGGGAGAUGCACGGCCACGGCAUUGGCCGCUUCUCGGAGGAAGAGAUUUACAUGCUGAUGGAGAAGGACAUGCGGUCUUUAGCGGGGCUUUUGGGUGACAAGAAGUACAUCAUGGGGCCCAAGCUUUCCACUCUUGAUGCCACUGUCUUUGGGCACUUGGCACAGGCAAUGUGGACUUUGCCAGGGACGAGGCCGGAGCGGCUAAUCAAAGGGGAGCUGAUCAACCUCGCCAUGUACUGUGAGAGGAUCAGGCGGAAAUUCUGGCCCGAGUGGCACCAUGACGAUGACAAUACCAUCUACGAGUCCGAGGAGAGCAGCGAGGGCAGCAAGACGCACACACCCAUGCUGGACUUUAGCUUCUACUCAAGGACAGAGACCUUCGAAGACGAGGGGGCUGAGAACAGUUUUUCCAGGACGCCAGACACGGAUUUCACGGGACACUCUCUCUUUGAUUCUGACGUGGACAUGGAUGACUGCACAGACCAUGAACAGUGCAAGUGAUGUCCCGCCACGGACCCCUCUUCCUUAGGAGCCACCACUCCCUGGGGUCAGUCUGGUUUCCCAGGUAGAAAUCCACCUGAGCUGGGAGGAGAUCUCCAAGCUUGGCUCAGUUUUAACAUGCUAACGGGACUAUAAGCCGCCUUAUUUCUUUUUUUUUGUACAAACAAAACACAGAACCAUUCAGACGGCUCCGUUUAAAACAGACCAAACAAAUAUCAGCAUGGUACCUGAAAUCCAUUUUUGUUUUCAUUAGAAAACCAAUAUUGUGUGGGAGGGCAGAUACAUGAGUGUGGGUUGUCACCUGAGUGUUGACAUUGAUCCUUUCCAACUGAGGACUCGAUCGUCAGGUGGAUUCUUGAGCAUCAGCCAUCUACCUGGGUUUUAAGUAAUAAGAGGUAUCAUCAGAAAACAUGUAGGCGGUGAUGUCCUUCAGCUGCGGCUGUACUUUGUGUGUGUACUUGUAUGUUGAGACAGAAGUCAGAUGAAGUCCGCCGAUAUUCAGUGGACAGAUAACCGUUAUAUGCGUGUGGCACUGAGUGGGGGUGCUAUGCAGCAGGAGUUUCGCUCUGAACCCUGCCAGUGACUAGCUGGGUGAUUUGGGGCAGGUCCUUUAACUCUUGUGUGCCUCAUUUAUCCCACCUGUAAAGUGGGCGUGACAAUACUCUCCACCUACCUACCUCACAGGGGUGUUGUGGGGAUUCGCGCAGCUGCAUUAGUAGAGUGCUUUAAACCUCCCGGAAGUGGUGCAGCACGAGCCAAUUUUAUUCUUCACUGGGCGUCAUACCUGUUAGGAUCUGCGGGCAAAGUGACUUCCAUAGCUGGGCAAAAAGCACAGUCACUCACAAAGGCUGUGCAGACUAAACACACUCAAAGCCAAUUAGGGCCGAGUCAUUCCUCUUUGUGGCUUGGCUGGAAGAACUUUGGAAGUAGCUUUGCAAAUCAUCGUCAGCUACAAUGUGGUCCUCCGCUCUGGGCCUUUACGGAACAGCGUUUCCUUCAUUGCCGAGUGCAUUGGCGUGUGGCUUCGCUGCCUCCCAAGUGCUAACGUGCCUGUUUAUUGAUUUGGAGAAGAUAAAGCUUAGGACCAUGGUGGGUUAACAGGGGUGAAGGAAAGUAUAGGAAAGUAUUUGACUGUUGUAGGCAGAAGCUUGUCAACUGUCAUGACUUUUUGAAGACAAAGAUGCAUUGGAAAGAGAAGCCUGGGGGUGUUCCUUGUGUCUGAGUCCCCUGCAGUUUCCUGAAUGCACCUUGUCAGGUGUCCCACUGUCUCUGGGUCAGAGUAGAACAGGACUGUCACCAAAUCUUAGGGCUUCAUAAUCUCUCAUCCCUUCCCAUCACCCCCCUCUCUCUUCCUCUCCCCAGAGCCCCUGAAUGGGUGGAAUGUGUCUGUAUUUGUCUCUGAAAACAGCUUUGCAUAGCUUAGUUCAUUUUCCAGGCAGUGGUUGGGCAAGUGGAUUUGUGGCUGUGGAUUUGGGCUGUAGGACUUAACUGCAAGUCAAUGACUUUGCUUCUGACCAACUGCGUAAAAGUUACUCCUUACUGGGUUGAUGAGGCCCCUCAAAGAUGGAAGUUUCUGAGAAAUUAAAUGCAUUUUGCUUGAAAAGCAACCUACUUUUGAUAUAGCUUUCCCACAAAAAUCUUUAAAGAGUGUUGUUCAUUUUCAAAGAGGCCAAGAGGGAGCGUUUUGAAGAUGCUUGCUACUUAAGCCGCUGUGGGGCGUAUGGAAAUGGGGGAUAAUGUUGAACUCUUAGGUUAGAAAGUCUUACCUGUAGAAAACUUAGCUGUAGAUUAUUUUCUGUUGACGCCACUCCUGUGUGGAGGGACCUGAUUGAUAAGUAGUCAGAAUAGGCUCGAGAAGCUGUGCUUGAUUAAACAAUACUUGUGUGUUGGUGUCAUGUGUGUGUCCCGUUUGCCUCCUGGUGUUCUGAGGACCUGGCGGCAGUUCUAUAUGACUAGGGAAAGUACUGAAUGGAGCGUGGAUAGGAUGACUGUGGACCUGACUGGGUACAAGUUUUCUUGUCCGCUCCCCUCUCUCAACUGGAAAGAAAUUCUUGACACUUUGCUUAUAACUGACUUAUUCUUCCUGUGUGAUGCUUUCCCCUGUAAGAAUGUUUUCAGUAUGAGUAUGUGGACUAAUAUCUGCUUUCUUGUGCAUUAUUUGGAAGGAAUCUCCACAGACAGGCAGUGUUUGUUGUUAAGUUGAAGGGCAAUUUAUUCCAUCCAGGCACCCCUAGAGGGGGGUAAUGAGUGGGCACUAUCAACUGGAGUCCUAGACACUUGGACAGCUUACAGCUGGGUACCUUGUAGAUACGAAUUUGAAUAGAAUCUGAGACUAUACCUCUGUUUCCCUCUUCCAUAUGGAUUAUUGAAACAAAAUGAUCAAGACAAAAAUCAUGGCUGUGUGGGUCCCUAAUGGGAGGGCUUUACUUCUUUAUGUGUUGCCCAGAUUUGAAGGCCUGUGCAGUUUGGUGAGUAGGUACUGCUUGUAAUGACAACAAUAAGAAACUAGAGGACGUUUUACUCGUUUCCUCAAGUCUUUCUUUUUUUCCUUCUGGAAAGUAAUGUAAGGGAGCACAAUCUUUUAUGUAAACUGAUGCUUUUGAUUGAGCAGAAAAUCCGAGGACCAAGGGUUACUUUUAAGUUUUUAUUAUAGAAACAAAGCUCCUUAUAUGUCUGUCUCCCAUUCCACACUCAGCAUGAGAGAGCAGUAGUUAUGAGCUCUGGAUCCAUCAGGGCAGUUAAAAGGACAAGGUACAUUUUUGCAGAAACAGACUAUGUGGUCAGAUUCUACCAUUUUGUUGUCCUAUACUCAGUUGUAACCAGUGACACACCAAGGCCAUGGCCACCACAUCUUUGAUCACAGACUAAGAACCUUUGGACUUGAACCGUUAUUGCAAUUUAGACUUCAGGUGAGUCUUGCCCGAGUGCAAUGGGAAAUGAGUAGGAGUCAAGGAAAGGAAGGACUAGAGUACUUUGCAAGUAGAGAACUGAAAAAAGUCUAGGACAUAACUGUAGAGGGGCCCUUGCAAGAGAGCUGCAGAGGUCAUUGCUGUCUCAAUCACACACUGUGUAGUUGGAGAAAGAGUAAGACCCACAACUGUCAUCUUUGACCUUGCCCUAGAGAGCUCUUGCCACCGUACCACCUUGCUUUGGCUUCCUUACACAAGCAUGUUCUGAACAGUUGCUCCCUGUUUCAGUACCAACACACCCGGGCCUCACUCUGAGUGCUGGAUUCCUACUACAUCUCUUUCGCCACCCACACCCAGCCAGGCUGGUUCAGGCCAGUUCAAGAGACCCUUCCUCAGUAUCUAUCCUAUGUGUAGCACUGCUAGGCUCUGUGAAUCACAAGAAGAUGGCUUUUCAAAUUCAACACUCCUUUUUCCGUCUUAACUUGUGUUCCCUUAGUCACUCGCUCACUGAAUCUGUACUGAGCAUCCACCCUGUGUCUGGCCCUGGGAUGCACAUUGGGUGUAGACUAACUGAAAAGGCAGACGGACACUGACUUCAGAGCAUCCUCUUUUGCUUAGAUUUGAGUAAUAACCUUCACACACCCAGACUCUUCCCAGAACUGUCUCACACAUUACCACGGGAGGAGUCUUUGGAACAAACUUUUGGUCUGUAGGGGGUCUCAAUUGCCUUAGGCUGAGGCUUCCUCCUUAGGGCUUGAUAUUCUCAGUUCUUUCUCUUGUCUCCCAUGGCUCUUCCACACACCCUCUAGUGCAACAGAUCCAUUUAUCAUUACCUCUACAUGCCUCCCGUAACCCACCUUUGGGUUGCUGGUCAUGCCAGCCCCUCUGCUGAAAUGCCCUACCCUCCGGCACUAAUCAUCAUCUCUUAAGGCCCAACUUCAUCAGUUCCGCAUGAAAAGCCCCCAACUUAUUAUCAUCCCCCCCUUUCCUCUAAAAACAAAAACACUUAUCAUUUCCUUCCCUGAAGGUUAGAUGGGAAAAGAGUGCUCAGAAAGUGGGCCACGUGCUAUAAGGUAAUGGGUUUUCAUUGUGUGUAUCAGUGCCUCCAUUGAUAAUCUAAUGAGAGUCCUAGGCUCUAUUCCCAGAAAAGUGUGCAUAUGCAAAUUUCUACAGUUUUACAUAUAAAUUCAAAGAUUUGGAAAGUAGAAUUGCUCUUUGAUUCCUCAGGGGGGUCCGCGGACCCCAGAUGAGGAGGUCUUGUUCUAAAGAGUCUCUAAACAUCACUCUCGGUGUUGUUCUUGUCUUUCACACAUCCAGGGAGGAGAGAAUUGGUAUGAGACAUGCAAGCACAAGUCUAUUGUUAUUCACCCUGAAUAUGUGCCGAGUGACAGAGAGGGAAGAAAGACCAGCUGCCUCACAUUGUCUGGGAAAAUAUCUUUAUUCAGACAGAGCUGGAAUUUUUAAGUUAUGUGUGUGUACAUUGUCUUUGGGAUGUACGCACCUUUGAGGGUAUACAAGCCCGCAUGGGGAAUUGGAUCCUGCUCAGCUGGAGAUAUGGGUGUUUGCAAGAAGUGGGUGCUGGGGUUAGAAUUCUGGUCCUCACAGGCUGGAGAAAUGCUUCGUCUGUUAAAGGCUAGGCUCACAAGCAGGAAUAUUAGGAUUCUGGACCUCAUAAUUGAGCAGCAAUCACUCAAAACCACUGAGCCAUUACUCUAGCUCCCAGAUUUACAAUUUUGAAAGCGAUAGAGUUUGUCAUUGUUGUCAUUGUUACUAUUUUUAGCUACUUCUGAAGUUGAUGUAGCAAAGUGAGUUCAGGACCAAGUCAGCAUCAUUUCUGCCCUGAAACCAACCUCUUCUGAGUGGCUAAGCAGUGGACUUGGGGCUGAAAGAAGUGGUUGGGUUUUUUUUUUUCUUGUGGAAUGAGAUCUAUGCAACAAAUUUUCCUGUGUUCAUCUUAUUAUGGGUCUAUUGCUGAUUCUAUUUUCCAUAAGAUGGUGAUGCAUUAUCCUGGUAGGGAACAGCUCAGUUUAUUCUUCAAUUUAAAAACAAAAAAUAAAAACAAAUAAAGCCAGAACAAAGUUAUCUUUAGUGCUUCCAACUGACCUGGGUUCCUUUCUGGGUGUGCAGUACUGUUUGACUAGACUUAGGACUAGUAUGCUGAAUAUACUAGGAAUGAAUAUUCAGUGGCAGU